GCAGGGGGCAGCAGUGAGCUCCACGUCCAGACUCUAACCGACGAAGAAGAACCUGAACCAGGAAGUCGCUCAGGGACGCAGCUGAAGGUCUCCAACAUGUCGGGCAGACGAGCUCUGAAAGCCGUGCUCAUUGACCUGAGUGGAACUCUGCACAUCGAGGACACAGCGGUACCUGGGGCACAGGAAGCACUGACCAGGUUGCGGCAGGCGUCUGUCGCUGUGAAGUUUGUGACCAACACCACUAAGGAGAGUAAGAGGAACUUACUGGAACGAUUGCAACGCCUCAAAUUCAACCUUCAGGAAAAGGAAAUCUUCACGUCUCUGAGUGCAGCGAGGAGUCUGCUGGAGCGGGAACAGCACCGACCGCUGCUGCUGGUGGAGGACAGCGCACUGGAGGACUUCACAGGCAUUGACACGUCAGAACCAAAUGCUGUUGUCAUUGGCCUCGCUCCUGAUCACUUCAACUACCAAACACUCAACGAGGCUUUCAGAAUGAUUCUGGAUGGAGCUCCUCUCAUCGCCAUCCACAAGGCUCGGUACUACAAACAGAAGGAUGGUUUGUCCCUCGGCCCCGGGCCCUUUGUGACGGGACUGGAGUACGCCACAGACUGCAAGGCUACUGUGGUGGGAAAGCCAGAAAAAACUUUUUUCACACAGGCUCUGCUUGAUUUGGGAUGUGGCCCCGGUGAAGCUGUCAUGAUAGGAGAUGAUGCAAGGGAUGAUGUGGGCGGGGCUCAGAACGCAGGCAUGCUGGGUAUUCUAGUCAGAACUGGUAAAUACAGAGACGGGGAUGAGAGUAAAAUCCACCCUCCUCCCCACCUGACGUGCGACAGCUUCCCAGACGCUGUUGAACACAUCCUGAAGAACCUGCUCUGAACUUUAUCUGCGAUGAUUCUAGGACGCUGUUGGUUUUUAACACUGGAGACAAAGGAGCUGCCAUCGUCCUGAACGACUGAAAGUAUUCUCCUCCUCCCCAUGAUUAAGUGAUAGAUAACAUUUACUUCUUCUAAAGUAA